UCGCUUUUUCUGAGAGAGUUCCCCCCAAUGGAUACCACAGAGGCCUCCUCGUCAUCUUCUUCUGCUUCUGCUGAUGCUGCUGCUGCAUCGUCGUCUUCGGCAGCUGGAUCUUCAGCGCCCGGCACGGACGAAGAUCGCUCGCAACUGAUUGCACAGCUGCAGUCCAUUACAAACAUGGAGAGCACCGACCAGUGCCGCUUCCUGCUCGAGGCGCACGAUUGGAACUUGCAGACGGCAAUUGUCACUGCGCUGAGCAUGCAAGAUGAAGGCGAUCGUCAUCAGACUCGUGGUAGUGCUCGAUUUGCGGAGGAUUUGGGCGUACAGCCAAACUAUCAGCCAAGCCGAAGGACACCCCGCGCGGCAGAACCUGCAUUUGCACGAACACUAGCAAACCAUCAAGUUGCAGAAGCUCCGGCGGAUGCAGGGCGAGCUGGCUGGCUUCGGGUUGGACCACUGGCAACAAUUUACGAUUACUGUUGGACGGUCGUUUCUACAUUGACGAGCUGGAUUCCGAUUCCGAGCUGGAUCCCGUCAAUGGUUGGGCUCACCAGUCCAGUCGUCGAUCCGCUUGCAGAUGUGACGGCAUUGGAACGCGAAAUCGACGAACGGUUUGGCCGCUCUCAUCCCGGCUUUUUCCAAGGCAGUUAUCGCGAAGCUUCCAACCACAGCAAGCGAGAGCUCAAGUUUUUGCUAGUUUAUCUGCAUUCCCCAUCCCACUACUUGACCGAGAACUUUUGUCGUGGGGUGCUGACGUCGACUGCGUUUACGGACUUUGUCAACGAAAACUUUGUCUUUUGGGCGGGCUCCGUUCGCACGGCAGAAGCGUUCGAUGUUGCCACGCUCCUUCGAACUGUGAACUACCCAUUCCUCGGAGUUGUUGUUCCCCUUCACGGCCAAAUGGUCCUCGUUCACCGUAUCGAAGGCGUUUUGCCGACUGAGACCGUUAUCACCCAACUUCAGACCGCCAUCGAUGCCCACGGCGCCGAGCUUAUCGUCGCCCGCAACGAGCGACAGGAGCGGGCGCAAUCGCAGCUCUUGCGGGACGAACAAGACGCGGCCUACCAGCAGUCGCUUGCUGCAGACCAGGAGAAGGCGCGUCGUCGACAAGCUGAGCAGGAGCGUCUGCGUGCCCAAGAAGAAGCAGAGGCCCAGCAGGCUCGCGCCGAAGAGGAGGCGAUUGUGGCUCGUGAACGCGCUCGCGAAGACAAGAAGCGAGUGCUCGCAGCCGAGCCCGCGCCAAACACCCCUGGCACGACGCGCAUUGUGCUUCAAUUACCCACAGGCAGUCGCUUGGAGCGUCGCUUUUAUGUUGACGACACUCUUCAGCUGGUGCACGACUUUGUCGACACCCAAAACACGGGCCUCACAAACUACAACCUCGUUGUGCGACACCCCGUGCGCACCAUCACCGACCUCUCGACGACACUAGCUCAGGAGAAGCUCGUCCCUAACGCGUUGCUCCUCGUCCAGAACCUGGAUGCGUGAUGAGUCUUCCGAUUUCCGUCUUUCUUUUUUCUUCUUUUUUUCUUUUUUCCUUUUUUUGUUUUAUUUGCGUUUCGGAUUUUUUUUUUCAUUUUUUUUUCUUUUUGUUAUUUCCUUUCUUUAUCAUUCCCUUUAUUCCCUUUUUCCCCUUCUGUUUCACUUUUUUUUUCACUCUCUCCUCUUGCGCAGUUGCUUGCUACCGGUGUGCUCGUGUUUGUCGCUGUCCCGCUUGCUGCUUGGCGAGUAUGUUUGCUGUCGUUGCGUUCUCGUUGCGCAAAAUCCGCAUGAUCGCUGUGGCCCGUCGAACACGCCCUAUGUAAUACACGAACAGUCGAAACCGCGCGAGGUUGGGUUUCAU